UACUAGGUAGGCUGCAAAAUUACAAUAAAGUUGCGAACGGAACGCAACACAAGGCGGUUGAUCAUGAGCACAGUGCGUGGAUAUCUAAAAUAGAAUUAUUUACUUUAUAUUACAUCGUGCCCGGUGACGUAAUUACGAAUUUAAAAAAAACCCAAAACUGAGCAUUACACUACUUUUAUAUUGAAGGAAAAAUUGUGUAGUGCCGAUAAAACACUGUAAUGUUUAAGUUCUUGUCUAACUCUUUGAUUACUCAAGCCAGCUGUCAAGAGGGGGCUGGUUAUUUGAAACGGGCCGAUACCGAAAAACUUCAUGAAAUAUUUUUGAAAUAUGCAACUGUAGAGAAAAAUGGCCAAAAAUAUAUCACUAGCGAGGACUUCGUUCGAAAGUUUCUUGGAUUGUUCGAUGAAGAUGACUACAACCUGGAAUCCGUCAAGCUUAUCGCCGGCAUCGUCGACAUGGACAAGGACGGGUACAUAUCGUUUUCGGAAUUCCAAGCGUUCGAGGGUCUUCUGUGCGUCCCGGACGCUUUAUACAAAACCGCCUUCCAGCUCUUCGACACUAAUGGCAAUGGGCUCGUCGCUUUUGAUGAGUUCGCCGAAGUCAUGCGUAAGACGGCGCUGUACAAGAAAUUACCUUUUAAUAUGGAAAGCACCUUCAUCCGUUUGUAUUUUGGAAAGGAUAAGAAACGUCUGGUAACAUAUCCGGAAUUCAGUCAAUUUCUUCACGACUUUCACGAAGAGUAUGGUGUGGAAGCGUUCAAGAAAUGCGACAAGGACGGCACAGGGUUUAUAACGGCCGGAGACUUUAGAGAUAUCAUGCUUAGUGUGAAGAAUCACUUAAUAACCAAGGAGUUGAAGGCGAAAGUUAUUACGGCGUCAGGAUUUCCCCAAGGCGAACGCAAAAUCAGCUUCCCAUACUACAUGGCGUUUAACUCCCUUCUUAAUAAUAUGGAGCUCAUAAAACGCGUUUACUUGAACGCUACAAAUGGUCAUAGAACAUACGAAGUAACCAAGGAAGAGUUUCUUCACUCUGCUCAAAUGAUGAGUCAGAUAACUCCCUUGGAAGUGGACAUCCUUUUUACCUUGUGUGAUAUGAUUAAUCAAACUAAUGGCCGAAUUGUUUACAACGACCUGAACGCGAUAACACCAGAACAGUACUUCAAGCAAGUAAACCGAAGAGUAGCUGAAAUAAAAGCGGUCUCGAGUCCCGAAGAGAGAGGCGUGCUUAUUCAGAUACUGGAGAGCACAUACAGAUUCACGCUAGGUUCUAUUGCUGGUGCCGUCGGAGCAUCAGCAGUAUACCCGAUAGAUUUGGUCAAGACUCGUAUGCAAAACCAGCGCACUGGAUCAUUCAUCGGUGAAGUCGCCUACCGUAACUCUUGGGAUUGCUUCAAAAAGGUCGUACGACAUGAAGGCGUAUUCGGACUGUAUCGGGGAUUGGUGCCUCAGUUAAUUGGAGUGGCUCCUGAAAAGGCUAUCAAGCUUACGGUAAACGAUUUAGUUCGAGACAAGUUAAUGGACAAGAAGGGUAACAUAACUCUCGGUGGGGAAAUUCUUGCCGGUGCUUGUGCGGGCGCAUCCCAAGUAGUUUUUACAAAUCCAUUAGAGAUAGUAAAGAUUCGUCUUCAAGUAGCAGGUGAAAUAGCUGGAGGGGGUAAAGUUAGAGCCCUAUCCGUCGUCAAAGAUCUAGGGCUCUUCGGCUUAUACAAGGGGGCGAAGGCCUGCUUACUGCGUGAUGUGCCAUUUAGCGCUAUUUACUUCCCGGCCUACGCUCACGUUAAGGCUAAAUUCGCAGACGAGAACGGCUACAAUCACCCGUUAACAUUGUUGGCAGCGGGAGCCAUUGCCGGAGUUCCAGCUGCCUCAUUGGUUACCCCUGCUGACGUCAUCAAGACACGAUUACAGGUGGUUGCAAGAUCUGGACAAACAACGUACAGCGGUGUUAUAGACGCUACGAGAAAGAUUUACGCUGAAGAAGGCGCUCGGGCCUUUUGGAAGGGAGCCAUAGCCCGUGUGUUCCGUUCAUCUCCUCAGUUUGCGGUGACGCUAGUAACGUAUGAAAUAUUACAGCGUUUGUUCUACGUUGACUUCGGUGGAUCUCGCCCAGCGGGUUCAGAGCAAACAAUAUCAACGCCUAUAGAAGAAACUUCAAGAAAGCCACAUCAUAUCGGCGGCUAUCAAGUAGCGAUGCCAGUACUAACGGGUCUCGAGACCAAGUUCGGUAUAUCGUUGCCGAGAUUCUCGUUUGCAAAACAAAACUAAAUCGAAUACGAAUUACGAACAAAAAUGACUUUAAUAAAUAUAAGUUCCAAGGUUCGUAAUAGCUCCGAUAAAAAAAAUAGCUUAAUAAUUUCAAUCAAUAUUUAUAAAGCAAUUCUAAAGAAUCGUUAUAGAAGUAUACUGCCCAAGCGAGUGCGGCUUUUAAAGUUUAAUUUGUUUAAUUUUAGAUCAAAAUGUAUAAUCAAAAGUGAGUGAUUGAAUACGAUAAGGAAAAUAUUUUUCGCACUGCAAUAUUUAUAGGGAAAAAAAAUCCGAGCCAGUGUUUCUCAACCUUAAAUUUAGUUACUGCGGAAGAAGUAACGGUUUAACAUAGCUUUUAGGUAUGAAGGAAACAAAAGAAAAAAAAACUAUUUUUGUACGAAAAUGAAAACGUUAGCGGACACGCGUUAGUGAUAAAAUAUAGUUAGUUAAGUUUUAAAAGAUUUAAAAAAUAAUCAAUUUCAAUAUGACGUCAGAACUUAACACUUAAUCUAAGAAAAUAAUUAUAAAUGCGAUGAUCAAUAACAAAAGUUGUCUGUGAUCUUUAUGGAUCCCUGCGUUCCAAAGGUUGGGAAACACUGAUUUAUGUUUAAAAAAAAACUACGAAUCUUAUUAGCUAUGAAUAAAAAAUUGAAGCAAUAGUCCUACGCACCUCGCAAGCAUUUUUAAGAAAAAUUUAUAUUUUUUUAAGAUUUAUCUCACAGCUUUUAUCUUUAUUAGAAUUUUUUUUUGCAAAUAUAUAUUUUUUAUUUAAAACAUCUUUUAUAAUAUAGCCUUUAGUUUCUACACUGCUUUUAAUUUAAUAAGAAUGCUUAGAGUCGUUUCUUCUGUUUUUUUUUUUUUUGUUUUUGUUUUAUUGAAGUCAAGAUAUAACAGUUAUUUAAUUUAAUGAUAAAGCCACUAUCUCGAAAUUAACACUACUGUGUUAUUCGAAAGUUAGUUAGGUACUCUACGGCCUAAAUAAAAUAGCAAUUACAAUCUCUUGUAAUUUUAAUCUUUUACGAUUUUAUUAAUAAAAAAAUGCCCACAAUGACUGUUUCGUUAUAAAAUUUUUACUGUACGUCGUCGUGUGAAGAAAUGUAUCAAUAAGUAAAUUAUGUUACCAAAAAAUACUUUAUAUGUCUCCUACUCUAAGUCUAUGAAUAUUUAGACAAAGGUCUAAAUUUCAGAGUGGAAGCAGAUUUUGUUUGUCGUAAUUUGAGGUAUCAACAACGUUUAGAGAAUGUAAUUGCAAUUUUAACGUAAUUAUUGAAAAUUUUUCAAGAUAUUUUUUUGGUAGAUAACUUAUCGCUUUACUUUUCAAAUUUCACGAGUUUGGGCACAUCCACAAUAAAUAAAUUAAUAAAAAUCAAGUUGUAAGUAUAAAAUACUGCACUUAUUUAUGUAGAUAGAGCUCAAAGUUACGAGAUUAAUAAAUUGUAGGGUAAAUUUUAUUGAAAUCAGUGAAAAAUUGUACAUAAUCAUACUUUAAAAGGAAAUUAAUACUAAGUCUGUCGACCGAUUUGUCUUACUUUUGAAUUUUUGACUGCCAUAAGAUAAUAAAAUUAUGAGAUAGUUCGAAGUUUCGGUUUCUUUUUAAUUUUUUAAGUAAAGAUUUUUAAUGUAUACCAAAAUUAUAUUUUACAGGGCAUAUAAAAGCAAUUUAAUUUAAGUUUUGAUGUGAUUUGUGAAAUUUGUAAAGGGGUUGCUAUAUUUUAAAUUAAGCAAUACUAAAAUGUCAAAAAAAGCGCGCGAAGAUGCAGAGUUGUGAAUUUUUAAAGAUAAUAAAAUACGACAACCCCUUCGUUUAAAAAUUAUAAAUACGUAAAAGUUUAUUUUAAAUCAUCGAGAGACGUGGAUGGUCUACAGAUGCACAAUAUUUGUUAUUUCCUGAAAAUUGUAUUUAAAAAUUACGCUGUGGAACAACGCUGUUAAAGUGAAUAGAAAUAAAGACAAGACCGAUGUGAAUCAGGUGCUGUGUUUAUUGAUAUUGAACAUUUUUUGUGUUAAAAAUAAAUAUAAUAAAGUUA